UUCCUAUCCUCUCGUCCCUCGAAAGUCCAAAGCCCUUCAUAAACCCUAUAAAAUACAAAGAGCAAGAGAUCCGAUUUCCAUUCUUGUCCAUCUCCCUUGAUGGCUUCGACCUUCGCUCGCGCCGCUUUGCCUGCCCUUCUUCGCUCCCAUAUCGCCAGAUCUCCUCCGGCGGCAAGGCGCUUCUCCUCUGCCUUGUCUCCCGCUUGCCGGCGAUCCCUUUUCCUAUCUAGGUCUCCUGUGGAGUUGGGCUGCUACGAUGGGUCCUUGCUCCCGCUACACAGCGCGGUGGCUGCUGCGAGGCUGACGUCCCGGCUGAGCACGACGGCCAGGAGCUGCCGUGAUCUCUCACAGGAGAUGGGUCUAUCAAUACCAAGAUAACUUUUCAAGGCGUGAUCAUGACGGUUACUUAUUUGCUUGCAAUUUUGAGCAGACGAAUUUGUAAUUUGCUCUUGGCAUUGAUAUUCGGAUGUUUACUACUUUCUUCUUGUUAUUGUAUGGUCAACAUUCCAAAUUAUCAGUUUUGUUUUUCAUUAUUUUACUGAAAUAAAAUUGAUCUCCAGGAAACUUCCGGGUAUCAUUAAGUGAGC